CCACUUUUGUCACUCCACUCCCACUCCACCACCAUAAGAUUUCGCGUCCGAUGGAUCCUGACUAUGAGUUGCACAUGUUGCUCAUUGGGUGUCACUCGCCCGAUCCUGUGAUGAACCUUGCAGAUCCACCCCUGCUCUUCAGAGCCAAUUUGUUGGGGAUAGGACGGGUGAGCCGCGACCUCCAGCAGUGACAAUGAACACGGCAAGUAGUGAACGCGUCUCUUUUCACUCAACAUGCGAUCUCAAAGACAACAUCUUGCACAAUGUGCAGCUUUCAUGCAUCCAGUUCGACGAUGUACUCGUUUCUUGCUCGCCGGAAGCGGUGCGACCUCUUUGUGCGCCGAAUGUCUUUGUCUACUGCCCAAUACCCACAGUUGUAUACCUCGCGCUCGGAUAACAUGUCCAACCAGACUUCAGUGAAACACUCGAAUCAUGGCUAUCUUUCGAGUCCCUUCCAUGUCUUCCUCGCCGAGUGCGAGUACUUCCAGCUUCGCUGAGCAGGAUUUUGAGGACACAGAGCAACAGGAGACGCCCGAGGGAGGACCGCAGGCCACUGAAGCGCAAGGCAACGCAUCUCCGCUCCCAUCCGGGUCAGAGAACUCGGACGACUGGAUUACUUGUACCUCGACAGCCUCGCAAUCGGACUCCCUGCCCCAGGACGGUGAUAGACCAACGCCGACUGCUGACAGGCCUGAACGCUCAAAUACUCCGACAGGCGAACGCCCUGUUCUGCGUGUCAUCACUACACCGACCCCUCCGUCAUUGGCAAGACAAGAGCCUCCUUCGCCAGCACCAUCUCUCUCCCAUUCUCUAUCGACCAUCGACGACAUUCCCGAGUCAACGACGAUGGGCGACUCGCCGAGCGAGAGAUUGCAAGGGCCGAGGCUUCCACGGAGUCUAAACGCACGUCUCCAGCAUCCGAAUCUAGCACCACUUGUACGCUCCGGGGGCGAGCAGCACUUGGCCACCCUGCAGAACAUCCUAGACAGUACUCGAUUGUCGAGCGGACCCUGGCAACCCCAACCCGAGCGAUUCGUCUGGAACACAUUCAUCUCCCUCCUCCGCGCUGUUCACUUCUUGCACACAGGCUGUCGCUCGCGGGAUGAGACACCGCCUCCCGGCUGGCAGCCAAUCAUCCACAACACCAUCACGCCUUCCAACAUCUUCUACACAAGUUUGAGGACGGCAGGCGCCACAGAUGGAGAAGGGGCUAAGCUAGGCAAUUACAGUCGGGCGGUGAUGCUUGCCCGAGUCGUCGAACCGGAGGACAUGGAUGCAAACGAGCUGGAGCACCGCAGCCAAGCCUUCGCCCAUCUUAUCCAAUGCUUCGACGAUCAGACCGCCUACGAUGCGCCCGAGAUUCUGCUCCAAUGCUUCCCCAAAGGAUGCGACAGCACCUGCAGGGAGCAUCUCGACGCCGUAGGAAACACCCCCGGCCCCGCGAGCGAUCUAUGGUCCAUAGGCGCGGUGAUGGUGGAGAUGAUGAGCGGCCGCUCGAUCUGGGACAUCCUUCUCGAAAAAGCGUGCCAGGGAGACAUUGACGGGGCUCUGCCGGAGUACUACACGGAUCUGUGCCCCGACGACCGUCUCAGGCUGCUGAGGCGAUACUCAGGCACCGCGACGAUUACGCGGGCCUUGCCGGCUCAUUAUGCGCCGAGUCUGAGGAUGUUGGUGGAGGCAUUGCUGGAUGAAGAUCCGCGGAACAGAGGCCGGGCGGUGGAUAGUUUGCAUGAUGCGGAGGCUAUGCUCCGAGUUCGGCAGGCGGAAUUGGAGAAGCGGUAUAGGGGGUGGUGAGCGUGCAGCCACGGGAGAGA